GGGGUCGACGAGUUCAGGCCUAACGAGUUCAUUAGGGCUGGGGUGUUCCAUGAAGUUUGCACCAUGAACUCCUGGCCGGUGAUUGACCGUUCGAGUGUUCAUGCGCUUAACAAGAUGAAGAAUAGACGCUUUGCCGUUAUUCUCUGCCAUGUUCAGGAUGGGCUCCAACUUUCGGGGGGCAACCCUAAUCAUUUCGUUGUGGCUAUUGUCGACUGGAGGGAGGAAACGGUGGAAAACUUGCAGGGAAAAAGCAGAGGUGGACGAAAAGAAGAUCGGGGAAGAAGUUGGGGAAGUUUACGCACUGGGGAAUGGACCGAAACAUGGCAGACAGGCUGCGGGAGGAUUGUGAGAAAGAACUGGAGUUUGAACUGGAAGAUUCCGAAAACAAACUCCGCGACUAUACCGGCAACACCUGUCUGCUUCAAUGUUUGACGGGCGUUCGAUCCUACUUCGGGGAAACAACUCCUCCCGAUGGCGACCAGUACCUCGUGCGAUGGUAUUAUCUCGAAAUGCUAUUGCAACACUGGGUCGACUGCUACAACGGGGAGGCCACGUCUGCCGACACGCAAACAGCUAUAGCCGAGGACCCUUUUGCCGCGGGUCCCCCACCGGGAUCUGCCGGCCAGCACGGAGACAAAGCCAUGGUCGGGGGCGUUCCAAGCGACCGCUCUGUUCCCCAGUCUCCCCAAUCGGCCGCCCAUUUCGCUUCGGCUCAAUUCGCCCCGCCGGCCGGGCCAUCCCGAAAACGCCUCCCCAACGGCCGAACCACGGCGGCCGGGGGGAUUUCGACCGCGCCUGGCUGCAGCCCGCUUCCUUCCAGUUCUCCGCCAGAACCGCCUCUGCGGUCUAUGCACAUUGACGAUAUGGGACCAGACUUGGCCAAGAAUUUGUGGGAUAAGUUCGGGCCCUUAGUCGGCGGCAUGAUCCGCAUCGAGGGUUUGUCGCCACCUACCUCGGCCGAACUGAAGGAGAAGAUUCAACAACCGGAUCGGGCAUGGGAUCUGCUCGGUAUGGAGUACAGCCUUGACGAACCGGGCACGUGCAGGGUACGUCUCGCCCACCCGGAAGGCGGGUUCAGUGUGCCAGACUUCUCCGAUGCGGUGCUUCAAGAGGACCCCGAACGGUUCCUUGAUGACAUUUGCGCCAACCCCCCUAAGGAAGUCAUCAAUUACUACGUCGGGCCUCCGUGUACAAACAGCGACGAGCGGUUUAACGGCCUGCUUCAUCCAGGCGAGCUUGCGAAACUGGCGGAGCUGCGGCGGCAGAAAGGCGAAGAGCGAGGCGAUUCAAAGCAGGACUGGGAGGUUGCCGGCGUAACUACUCCUUACGAACAUAUCGGUCACCGGCUGUCGGCCACCUGCUUCCAUCGUGAAGACGCACACUAUUGGUCCGCCAAUAUCAACCUUUCCGGGGAGAAGAUAUGGGUUGUAAUCAAGCCAGAGUCUACGGGAGCCUUCGAAGCAUACGUCAGGGGCCGUUACGGCAGUCUCGACUGCGACCAGUGGCUCCGCCACCACAACCUGCUCAUUGGGCCAUCUACACUCCGUGCGGCAGGCAUUGAAUUCGAGGUACUAAGCGCCCAGCCCGGCACGAUGGUCGUCACAAGGCCGGGACAGUACCACAUGGUCGUUAACAGGACCCCGUCAUUCGCCACAGCCAUUAAUUUCCUGAUGCUUGGCGAUUCGCUAAUGCCCGAGGCCGCGACAAAAGUUUGCGAGGGCUGCGGUCUCUGGUUCGCAAAGGAAGAAAAGCUCUGGGACUUUGAACAUGUGGGGGAAAAUCUGCUGUCGUUAUGUCCGAAACGGGCCGCCGCUCUACGCCCUGCAGUUUCCAUCGCAUCCAGGACAUCCCCCAGCAAGAAGAAGCGGCCCGCAGCCGAGCAGACAGACACCGACUCACCAGGCAAGCAGCUAAAGAAAAAGCUGAGGGAGUUGCCACUUCCCAAAACGCUGGCGGAAAACCUGACGAACAAAAAGGCGAUGUUGCGGGGAGUAAAACAACUCCUUGCUGCCAAAGAGAUGGCUGAUUCCCCGCAAACAUCAACCGGUCUCAAAGUCCAAGGACAAUGGGCCCAACAGGCUGCUGAACUCUAUCGUCUUGGCCUCAAGCAUGAGCGCUCUUCCGCUUUCUUUGCGCUACUAUCCGUGGUUGCUUUAAUGAGUGCCAUGGAAAAAAUGCGUGCUCGCAUACCCUCUGGGUUCAAGCAAGUGCCAUCCGAGGUAUACAGCGCGGUCUUCCAACAGAUCGGCGGCACGGGCACGAGGAAGACAUUUGACAACAAGAUGAGCCGGUCUCGCAAACUUGCGAGGGUUUUUAACGACAAGUGCAGAGGUCUUUUGCUUUUCGUUUGCUUCGACAACGAUGGCCCUUCGACUAUCUCGGCUUUUACGAAGAUGACUGAUGACGAUGUUGCGGAACUUCACAUGGCUAUUGACAACGACCAACGGGCAGGUGCGCUAGCCCGCUUUGGCAAUGAGUUCUUGGGCUGUAUUUUGGAAGACACUGCUUUCCGUAACGGAGUUUGGGCGGAUCGUCCUUACCAACAACUGGAAGAGAUGGCCGACGAGGGUUUGUUCGACUUCAUUACACAGACAGGGAUCUCCAAGUAGUUUUCAUUAGGAUAUGGCAGUUUGUCACGCGAAUCUUGCUAGGACAACGCACAUUUUUUGAGUACGCGACUGUUUAGCUAGUAGUCGUGCACGGGCCA